UUUUAGUUUGGUGAGAGGAUCCGCGUCGUGCGGACGAUCAGGAGGGUAGCAAGUGAACAAAACGGUCUUGCGCAUACCGCGUCGGAACGCAUCGUCCGAGAAAGGAUUACCAUAAACAUUUCGUUUCCUUUUCGUUCUGUGUGUUUCCCCCCAGUUAUUAUCCCGCUCGUCUAUCAAACUGUACACGCGAAUAGUGUUUCCACUCUUCAUCAGUGAUUGUUUUUUUUUUCGUUUUCAUUUCUACCAAUUAUUUUAUAUAUGUAUAUAUAAAUACUUUUUUUUGGAUACGUGCACUUUGGGGAAACUUCGGAAGCAACUUUUGCUGGCUCUAGGUUUUCCUCGGCCACCGUUCAACUCAACUGCUCAAAAGGAUUGAGUUGAGGGCAGAUGAGGAGGUUCACCUUCGCUACGAAUACCGUCAUCGACGUGAUGGACUCCAAAGCAAACAUCAAACUCACCGAACGAAAGGUGCAAGAAUGAUCUGAGAGCGAAGGAGGAAGAUGUGCAUCCGCGUCAUCGCCUGUUGCCUGCUGGUGAUCACGGUAGCCCAGGCGGAAGAGGCGCCGCAGAUUUCGGACAUAGAGUUCCGGUUCACUAGGUCUAUCUACAAUGUCAGCAUACCGGAAAACAGUGUGGCAAAAACUUACGCCGCCCCCGAUCCCGGCGAAGAGCGCAUCGGUAUCCCCAUCAGACAGAAUUCGCUCAGUGAUAUUCGGUAUAAGAUAGUGAGCGGUGAUAAAGACAAGUUCUUCAAGGCCGAGGAUAAGUUGGUGGGUGAUUUCUGUUUCCUGUUCAUUCGUACGCGAACCGGUAACAAUGAUGUGCUUAAUCGCGAACGCAAGGAUCGUUACUUGCUGGAAGUUCGGGCGACGGCGACGCGAAAGGAUGGAAAGCAGAAGGUGAUCUUGGAGACGGCCGCACAGGUCGUGGUCACCGUUCUGGAUACGAACGAUUUGAACCCGCUGUUCUAUCCUUAUGACUACAAUGCUACGGUGUACGAGGAUAUGCCCGUCCACAAAAGUAUAUUGCGGGUCAUCGCUGAGGAUGCGGAUCUGGGGAGAAACGGCGAGAUUUAUUACAGUUUCGCCGAGGAAACGUACCAGUUUGCGAUUCAUCCGAUCUCCGGGGUGAUCUCUCUCAGUAGACCGCUGAGGUAUAAUGAAAGCACAUAUCAUGAGUUAACAGUUAUAGGGCAGGACCGAGGCGCAAUUUUCCGCUCCGGCUCCAGCAUGACCAGCAAAGCGAAGGUUCGAAUUCGCGUAAAGAAGGUGAACCUUUACCCUCCCGAAAUCCUGAUCCGGCACCACCCACAGAUCGUUGAGAACUCUAACGCCGACAUCUACGCGAUCGUCAACGUGUCCGAUCGGGAUUCCGGUAUUCACGGCGAGAUAAAGAGCCUCGAGAUCAUCGACGGCGAUCCCGACGGUCACUUCCGAAUCCGUCCCACGCAGCGAAAGGGCGAAUUUAAUAUAGAAGUGUUGAAGCUGUUGGAUAGGGAGAGCACGCCCCAGGGCUACUGGCUGAAAUUGCGCGCCGUUGACAGAGGCGUCCCUCCGCAAGAGAGUUAUAAGUCUGUACAAGUCCGGCUGACGGAUUUAAACGAUAACGCUCCGGUGUUUAACAAGGAGAUUUACGAGGUUAAAGUUCCGGAGAUCGCUCCUGUAAAUACCCCACUAAUAAGACUGAAAGUUACCGACGCCGAUGAGGGUAAAAACGCUCAAGUAUUCUUAGAGAUCGUUGGAGGCAAUGAGGGCGGAGAGUUCAACAUCAACCCAUACACCGGAAUGCUGUACACUGCGGUCCAACUGGACGCAGAAACCAAGUCUUUCUACAGUCUCACAGUAUCAGCAAUUGACCAAGGAAACGCCGGCACCCGCAAGCAGUCAUCGGCCAAAGUGAAAAUCUACGUGGAAGACGACGACGACAACGACCCCAUCUUCGAUAAGCCAGAGAUGACGGUUUGGGUUGAUGAGAAUAUGCCAGCGGGUUCUUCGGUGACCACUGUUCACGCAAAGGACAAGGACCGCGGCGAGAAUGCAUACAUCUCGUAUUUGAUCGCGAAUCUGGUUAAAGUCCCGUUCGAGGUGGACCACUUCUCUGGAAUUGUAAAAACGACGGCGCUCCUCGAUUACGAAAGCAUGCGGCGCGAAUACAUCUUGAGAGUCAGAGCUUCCGACUGGGGUCUUCCUUAUAGACGGCAAACCGAAAUGCAAUUAACCGUGCGCGUCAAAGACGUGAACGACAACAGACCGCAAUUUGAAAAAAUUGAUUGCCAUGGCCACAUUCCUCGAUACGUUCCCAUCGGCUCAGAGAUCAUAACCCUCUCCGCCAUCGACUUCGACGCCGGAAACAUAAUAAGCUAUCGCAUCAUUUCAGGAAACGAGGACGGAUGUUUCAGUAUAGACACGAUAUCUGGCACUAUAACGGUCACUUGCGAUUUGAACGAUGUGAGGGUGUCCGAAAGGGAGCUGAACGUCACCGCUACUGAUGGAACCCAUUUCGCGGACGUGGCACGCGUUCACUUUCAGUUGGUGAACAGCAAGCGCAACCUUCCAUCGGCCGGACGAAUCCUCAACGAUGAAACUGGUUCUUUCGAUUGCAAGGAUACUGGUGUUACAAGGAGAUUAACCGAAGUCCUCGCGGCCGCCGAGAAUAACAACAAGCCACCAGCGCAAGAGGAAUUCGCAAUGAUGCCCACUCGUUACGGCCACAACGUGCACUCCCCGGAAUUCAUCGACUUCCCAAUCGAAAUCAAAGUAAACGAAUCAGUUGCGCUGGGAACGACGCUAAUCAAAUUGAGGGCACACGAUAAGGACCUGGGGUAUAACGGAAAACUGAUUUACGGCAUCUCCGGCGGCGAUGAGCAUUCGGUGUUCUGCAUCGACAUGGAUUCUGGUGAGCUGAAAAUCAUCGGUUACUUGGACCGCGAACGCGAGGAGCAAUAUAACCUGAACAUCACCGUUUAUGAUCUGGGAAGACCGCAGAAAUCUCUAUCACGAAUGCUUACAAUAACGGUGCUGGACGUCAACGAUAACGCGCCCAAAUUCGAGAAAUCCCUAGCCAAUUUCAGGGUGACCGAGAACGCGUUGAACGGAACGGCAAUAUUCCGAGCCAACGCAACCGACGCAGACGAUGGGGACAAUGCUAAGGUCACCUACUCAUUGAUGACUGAUACCAAGGACUUCGUCGUGGGAAGGACGACGGGGGUGUUGUCGGUUGCUAAUGCUUUGGAUAGGGAGCGGCAGGAGUUGUAUGAGUUACGGAUUAGAGCCACGGAUGGCGGUGGCAGAGGGCCGGAUAAUCCGCCGUUGUAUUCGGAAGCCUUGGUGAGGAUCUUAAUAGAUGAUAUUAAUGAUAACCCCCCGAAAUUCAGUUUGCCGAGUUACACGGUGAAAAUUCGCGAAGAUAUCCCCAAGGGUAGCGUGGUGGCGGUGGUUUCUGCCUCGGAUCCGGAUUUGGGUCCCGAGGGUGAGAUUCUUUACACGCUGGAGGACACCGACAGUGAUGGAACGUUUAAGAUAGACCGGGUAUCCGGCACGAUCCGCACCACGAAGCCUCUGGAUUUCGAGGAACGCCAAGUGCAUAGUUUGAUUGUUUUCGCUAAUGAUAAGGGGAAGCCGUCGCUCUCAUCCGAGGCAUCGGUGACUAUAAACAUAGUGGAUGUUAACGAGAAUUUGUACGCCCCUCAGUUCGGUGAGUUUGUGAUUUCCGGUUCGGUGGCAGAAAAUCAGCGUGUCGGUAGUGUUGUGAUGCAAGUGAAUGCCACCGACAACGAUCCGCCAGGAGAAGACAGCAGGAUCGAGUAUUCAAUACGGGGUGGCGACGGCAUCGGAAUAUUCUCCAUUGAUAAUAAAGCAGGAGUGAUACGGACCCUAUCUGUAUUGGAUUUCGAGACGAAGCCGCAUUACUGGUUAACAGUUUUCGCACAGGAUCAUGGGGUUGUUCCGCUUUACUCCAGCGUCGAGAUUUACAUUAAGGUCCUGAACGAGAACGAUAACGUACCAUUAAGCGACGAAGCUGUGUAUUAUCCCAGUGUUCCGGAGGAGAGUCCUGCUGGGCGUGUCGUCCUGCAAAUAAGUGCAACCGAUAGGGAUCGCGAUCCAGGCCAGAGAAUCACUUACAAGAUAGUUUCUGGCAAUCAGGAGGGUUUCUUUGCCAUCAAUCCUUCCACCGGCAAUAUCACGACGACGACCCGGAAAUUGGACAGGGAAACGCAGGAGGAACACAUCCUCGAGGUGCAAAUUUCGGAUAAUGGGAAUCCGCCUUUGUCGUCGACGACGCGUGUCGUUGUUAGAGUGGAGGACAUCAACGAUAAUGCACCAGAGUUUGAGCAGAGCUUCUACAAGGUCCAGAUUCCGGCCACUGCUUCCGAAGGCGACGACAGACAUAUCUUCCAGAACGACGCUCCGGACGAUUUCGACGGCGCGGACGCCGCGACGGAUGAUGAUUCAUGGGAGUUGUUCGGUCCUGACGACGUCGCAGGACUUGACCGGGUUCUGCGGGUCUUGGCUUACGACAGGGAUGCGGGGCCUAAUGGUGAAAUUCAAUACAGCAUCAAAUCCGGCAAGGGAAAGACGAAGUUCAAGAUUCACAACUCAACUGGAAUGGUUUUCGCUCAGAAAGGAUUUGAACCAGGACAGGAGUACGAGCUGAAUGUGCGGGCUACGGAUGGAGGCGGAAGGAGUAGUAUUUGCCGCGUUUCAGUCCUGGUAGUGGACGUUCCUCCUAAGUCCAAGAACCCACCCAUCAUCAAACAGCCGCAAAGCUCUGAAAUCACCGAGAAGGACGAAAUCGGCUUCUUGGUCACGCUUGUGCAAGCAUCCGAUCCAGACAAUGAUACUUUGUGGUAUGAUAUAGUGGACGGCGAUCCCAGAAACGAGUUUUAUAUCGGCCGCGACAACGGAAACAUCCUGUUGGCCAAGCAGCUGGAUUACGAAACGCAGAAGGUGUACGUCCUCAAUAUAAGCGUGACUGAUAUGACUCACACCGCGUACACCACAAUGAAGGUGUCGGUCAUCGAUAUCAAUGACAAUAGACCCAGGUUCCUGGAACCUUUAUACAAAGUGGAGAUAUCCGAAGCUGUGGCUGCAGGCACUGAAAUAUUGAAAUUAAUAGCCACAGAUCGCGAUAGCGGUGGAAAAUUGUUUUAUAGUCUUCAUACAGCUAGGAAUUUGAUCUCUCUGCAGAUCUUCAAAGUAGACUCUCUAUCCGGAUCGGUGACUUUGGCGGAGAGUUUGGAUAGGGAAACGUUGGAUGAGCAUUUGCUUACUGUGAUGGUACGCGAUGGCGCCACCCCAGCGAAGAGGAAUUACGCGAGGAUCUUGAUCAUCGUCCACGACCAGAACGACCACACGCCUCAAUUCUCCGAGAAGAUCUUGGUUGGAAAAGUGUUCGAGUCUGCAGCCGUGGGUAGCGCGGUUUUGAGAGCGUUCACUGUUGAUCACGAUAAAGGCGAGAAUGCCAGAGUCACCUAUUCCAUAACUUCUGGAAACGUCGGGAACGUGUUUAGCAUAGAUCCUAAUUUGGGUGUAAUCCAAGUGGCCAGGGAACUGGAUCUGGCCACGGCCAAUGAAUACACUCUGUACAUAAAGGCCACAGAUCACGGGCAUCCUUCGCACUCCUCGAGCGUUCCAGCGCACAUUAUGCUCACCAUGGCCGACAAUGCUCCACCUAGGUUCGUCGAGAAGGAAAUUGCAGCGGAAAUUUAUGAGGACAGACCGCUCGGCAGUUACGUGGCUCAUUUGAAUGUGCGCAGCACUUCUUCGCUGCAAUAUGAAAUUGUCGAUGGCAAUACCGGAGAUACUUUCGCCAUUAGUCCAAGUACUGGGGUCAUCAUCACCCAGAGAUUAUUGGAUUAUGAAUUGACUAAAUUUUACAAUCUCACUAUCAAAGUCCUUAAUAUGGCGAGUGUUUCAGCGGAAUGUAACGUGAUCGUCCACAUAUUAGACAAGAACGAUAACGCGCCGGAGUUCCUGCAAGCGGUUUAUUCCGGCUCGAUAAGCGAAUCGGCUCCGGUGAACUCUUUAAUCCUGACAAACUCGAGCGAUCCUCUCGUGAUAAAAGCUGUGGACGCAGAUUCGGAGGUGAACGCGCUAUUGCACUACGAUAUUGUUGAAAUCUUACCGCGCCAAUACUUCCAUAUCGACGCCAAUACCGGUGCAAUAAGAAGCAUAAGACUACUGGACCACGAAACCGUCGACAAAUUCUCUUUUCAUGUUCAAGUGUCGGACCUGGGUAAACCUAAGCUGUCCUCGGAGACGACGGCUAGGGUAGACAUUACCAUCACCGACGUCAACGACUGUCCACCCAAGUUCUCUCAUUCUUUGUACAACGUGACGCUUCUACUACCUACGUACAAAAGCGUCGCCGUCAUCCAGUUGAAUGCGACAGACCCAGACAGCCGAGAGAGCACUAGUCUACGUUACGACAUAAUCGACGGGAACAAGCUCAGAAUAUUCGGGAUCGAUUCCCGCACAGGCCUAAUAACUGUCCUCGAUCCGGACAACAUGAAGCCGAUGCAUAAGCUGCAAGUGCGCGUCUCCGAUGGGAAGUUCUCUAACGUUGCCAAAGUAUACAUCCGUGUGGAGCAGUCCGAAAACUCGGGUCUCAUCUUCCAGAAGCCCGUCUACGAAGGAAACAUUGUCGAAAACUCCACAAAACCCACAACGGUUUGCGUGGUGAAUGUAUUAGGCAGCGCGCUAAAUGAGCAUCUAGAGUUUCGUAUCUUGAACCCCACGAACAUGUUCAAAGUGGGCUUAACCUCGGGCGUGAUACAGACGACCGGGUUGCGGUUCGACAGAGAAACCAAAGACAAUUACGAGCUGAUUAUCGAGGCCAGAAGCCAGAUGCCGGACAGAGAGAAGCCCCGUGUCGCUCACGUGAUUGUUAAUGUGACUGUAAUGGACAUCAAUGACAACUGCCCGAUGUUUGUAAACCUCCCCUAUUAUGCAGUAGUUUCUGUGGACGAUAAAAAGGGCAGCAUCAUUCACAAGGUGCACGCUAUAGAUAUGGACAGUGCGGAGAACGGAGAAGUGCGUUACGAGCUCAUCAAAGGGCACGGGGAACUCUUUAAGGUUCAACGCGAGAGCGGAGAUAUUGAAAUUAAGCAAAGUCUCGAAGGCCACAACAGAGAAUACGAUUUGUUCAUUGCCGCUUACGACAAAGGUAUUACACCUUGCCGAACGGAAGUCAAGGUGCACGUGAAAGUUAUCGAUCGAUCGAUGCCGAUAUUCAAGAAGCAAUUCUAUUCGGAAUCGAUACCGGAAAAUUUCGAGCUGCAUUCGCCAUUGGCUCUGUCCGUGCAAGCCGAGUCUCCUUUAGGCCGUAAACUCAUUUACAGCAUCGUCAAAGGCAACGAACUCGAAGAAUUCGCACUGGACUUCAACACCGGCAAUAUCACGAAUCCUAAACAGUUUACCACUAUCAAAGAUUUCUUAAGUUAUUUACCGAACUCGAAUACUUCCAGUAAAGGUGUCAUCUCGGUGGUGGACGAGUUGGAUUUCGAAGAGCAGCCACACUACGAGCUCAUCGUCCGGGCCACGGAUUCCGUUUCCGGUGUGCACGCCGAAGUUCCGGUUUCCGUCGUCCUGCAGGACGUCAACGACUGUCCGCCGGAAUUUACGCAGGAGAGCUACAACAUUUCGAUUUCCGAGGCAGCGCCGUUCGGCACACCGAUCCUCACAGUCAUCGCUAAUGACAACGAUACUGGCAUAAACCAGAAAAUAAUUUACUCGAUCAAGAAGGAUAAUGGGAAUAGCACGGAGUUAUUCCAUAUUGAUGAGACAGAGGGGACCAUCUAUUUGAAACAGUCUUUGGAUCACGAAACGGCCAAAAGUCAUCAUUUUAUUGUAAUAGCAACGGAUCAAGGAGUUCCCAGUUUGAAUAGCACCGCUCACGUUUGGUUGCAAGUGUUGGAUAUGAAUGAUAAUCCACCGAAAUUCGAACAGCCUUCGUAUCAUUGCGGACUAUCCGUCCAUGCCAAGAGAGACCAAUUCGUAACUAUAGUAAGCGCAAGCGAUCCGGACUCGGUGGAUCAAACGAAACUACGAUACACUAUUGUAGCCGGCAACGAGCAACAAACCUUCUCCAUGGAUCCUGAUACCGGUGUCAUAACUCUGACAAACUUGGCGAAUUUUGGAGAACAACGAGCCAUGCUUUUGAACGUUUCCGUCUCCGAUGGAGUUUACACGAAUUUUGCGCGAGUCAAAGUCGAGCUUCUUCCAGCUAAUCUGCACACUCCAAUUUUCCCAGAUGUAAUCAUGGAUGUACAGAUUUUGGAAAAUAAACCACCAAACACCUUCGUCGUCGAGGUGAAAGCAACCGACUCCGAUUUUGGAGAGUUCGGCGCCAUCCACUACUCUAUACAUUCGGACCUUCUGUUGGAAUCAUUCAACAUCGACAAAGUCUCUGGAAGGAUUACGACUAGAACUCGAUUGGAUCGUGAAGCUCAAAAGAUGUACGAGAUUCCCGUGAUGGCAUCAGAUGGUGGCGACAGGAGCGGCUUCCUUACCGUGCGCGUUAAAGUCAUGGACGAAAAUGAUAACUCUCCGAAGUUCCAUUUGCGCGAAUACAAGGGUAGCAUCCAAUCGAAUUAUAAUAUCGGCACUCCUUUCAUACGGGUAAGAGCGACUGAUGCGGAUGAAGGACGAUCCGCCAAAUUGGAAUAUAGUAUUUACGAUGAAAAAUCUUCCGGGGUCACCGAUAUUUUUGCAAUCGAUGCCAACACCGGUAGUAUUAACUUGGUUCAGAAGGCUGGCAAAUACGAGGGACAAGUCUUCCAAUUCUUUGUGAGAGCUACUGACAAUGGGAAACCUCAGAGGCAUUCCGACGUCCCGGUGAACAUCCUAAUUAUGGGACCAAAAGAUCGACCCCCGAUCUUCGAGCGCAAGGACGACAAGUUUUUCGUGUCGGAAAAUUCGCCAACCGGUAAUGUGAUAACUCGUUUGAAGUUGGUUUCGAACGUGUCCGUGAGCUAUAAGAUCAUUUCCGGUUCGGAGGAGGAUCCGGAGUUCGCGGUCGAUGGUCAGGGCCAGGUCUCGUUGGCACGUCCUCUGGACUUCGAGCGACGCGUCUCCCAUCUGAUCGGCAUCUUGGCCGAAACUGAUUCCAGCCCGCCCUUAACGGCCCUCGAUGAAAUUACUUUGCAAGUACUCGACGAGAAUGAUCACGCGCCCCACUUUGAGAGCACACCCUACACCCUCAAUCUUGCAGAGAACGUUAACGAGGGAACGUCCAUAUUAAAAGUAAUUGCACAUGACGAAGAUCAGGGUAGCAACGGCGAAGUUCGAUACAGCUUUGGCUCGGAUUCUGGAGAGGCAAUCAACGUUUUCGCGGUGGACGCUUUCACCGGAUGGAUCACAACUCUUGUUCCGCUGGAUAAAGAAUCCAAAUCCGAGUACAAGUUCAAUAUAAUAGCCACGGAUAAUGGCACUCCCAAGCAUUCGGCCAGGACAACAGUCAUCGUAAGGCUGAAGGAUUACAACGAUAGUCCGUCGGUCUUCAAAAAGAAGUUCUAUCAGAGCGCAGUCAACGAGGAUGCCCUGCCAGGAACAGUUGUUUUGUCUUUGGAAACGACCGAUGCUGAUGUGGAUUUGAACACGCCCGUUGAAUAUUACAUCACCGCCGGCGAUCCAAGCUCUCAAUUCCAAAUUAGGCAAACCGGUGAAGUUUACGUCGUCAAACCACUUGAUCGUGAAACGGUCUCCAGUUAUGAAUUAGACAUUAUUGUUACGGAUGGAAUGUUUACCGACACCACCAAAGUCGCUAUAACAAUCCUCGAUGCUAACGACAAUCCACCUUACUGCUUAAUGUACAGAUACAGGCAGGUCCUUUCCGAAGGAAUAAUGCCAGGAUCAUUUGUAUUGAACGUUCUUGCUAACGAUAUAGACGACCAAGAAAACUCCAAGUUGCGAUACAUUCUAACAGGUGACGGUAGCGAAAACUUCUCGUUGGACAAGGAUACAGGCUAUUUGAAAACAGUCACUAAUUUGGACAGAGAGAACCAAAAUAAGUACUUGUUAACAGCUCAUGUUCAAGACCGUGAACACAGCGAAUGGGAAUGCACCUCACGCAUUGAAUUGAUGGUUUCCGAUUUGAACGACAAUGCACCACAAUUUUCUUUACCGUAUUAUUCCGUCAGCUUGGCUGAGGAUGUAGAAGUCGGCACACUAGUUACAAAAGUCCACGCAACAGAUGCUGAUAUAGGAAUAAAUCGGAAAAUAAAAUAUGCCUUUUUGGACUCUUCUAACAAUCACUUCAAAAUUGAAAGCGACAGCGGAAUCGUUACUUUGGCAAAGCCGCUGGAUCGAGAAUUGAAGGCCAUGUACAAUUUAACUGUACAAGUUGUAGAUCAAGGCACGCCUAGAUUAUCUACAAUUGCCAGCUUGGUUAUUAACGUUCAAGAUAUCAACGAUAAUCCACCCGAGUUCGCUUCUAAAUAUUAUUUCGCCGUGGUGCCAGAAAUUAGCGCGAACGGAACAGAAGUUGUGCGCGUCCUGGCAACUUCCAAAGAUACUGGGGUGAAUGCGGAUAUUUAUUACUCCAUUAUUGGUGGAAAUGAGCAUAAGAAAUUUAUUAUCAAUAAUAGGACUGGUGUGAUUAUGAUUUGGGAUACAUUGGAUUACGAAAGAGCGAAAGACUAUUUCCUCACAAUCCAGGCUAUCGACGGCGGAAGUCCACCUCUGAGCAACAUAGCCACAGUCAACAUCACCGUAACCGAUUCCAAUGACAAUGCACCGAUAUUUGCUCAGAACUCGUACAGCGCACGCAUUCGAGAAGAUGCACAAAUCGGAGACAAGAUUCUUCAAAUCGUAGCCACGGAUUUGGAUAGUGAGGAGAACGGUAGAAUCGAGUAUUCCAUAACGAAAGGAGAUAAACAUGUACAGUUUUCCAUUGAUCCCGACAACGGUUAUAUAUCAGUUGGGGACUACUUGGAUCGCGAAUCAAUUUCCACCUAUGUCCUGGAGGUUGUUGCCAAAGAUCACGGCGUUCCAUCCGCCCUUUCGGAGCAAAUCAAUGUUAAUAUUGAAAUAUCCGAUGCCAAUGACAACCCGCCGCUCUUCUCGCAGCGGAAUUACACCACGAUCAUUCAAGAAGAUAAGCCGAUCGGAUACCCGAUUAUCAAGUUCAUGAUUACUGACGCAGAUACUGCUCCCAACACCAGUCCAUAUACAUUUGAUUUUCGCUCUGGCAAUGAUGGUAACAUUUUUCGACUUGAGCAGGACGGAGUAUUACGGACGGCCACGCGAUUCAAUCACAAGAUCAAGGAUACGUAUGUCCUUCAAAUUCGGGUUUUUGAUAACGGCACUCCGCCACUGUAUUCCGAUACGUCGGUCGUGGUAAAGGUGAUUGAAGAAUCGCAAUAUCCACCUAUCAUCACACCUCUGGAAGUCAAUAUAAAUUCGUUCCUAGAUGAGUAUCCUGGUGGAAUCAUCGGAAAAGUACAUGCUAAUGAUCAAGACCAAUACGAUACUUUAACAUACUCGCUUUCACCCACUUUAGGGAUUAAUUAUCCCACACACGAAUUAUUCAAAAUCGAUCGUACCGACGGGACUCUGACCGCUUUACCCAGAUUGGAUGUAGGUGAUUACAGGCUUAACGUGUCUGUCACUGACGGCAAAUACUAUGCACAUAUCAUAGUUAAAAUCAACGUAGAAAUUAUAUCUGAUGAUAUGCUAGAAAACUCGAUUGCAAUCCGCUUCCGCGAAGUUACCCCAGAGGCGUUCGUUCUCAGCCACCGGAAAGGAUUUGUAAAAGCGGUGCGCAACGCGAUGAAUUCCAAACUGAGGGACGUUAUUAUCAUCAGCGUCCAACCAUCCAAUAACGACCUGAUGAACUUGCGGGCCAAGAGGCAAGUAAUUAGCAGGGAUUUGGAUGUGCUGUUCACCGUGAAGAAGCCUGACAACGGUUAUUACACGGCGGAUACCUUGAGGAAGGCGAUGAAUGAUUACCUUGAGGAAUUGGAAGAAAGCACAAAAUUGGUGGUCGAAGAAAUCGUGCGUUUAAAAUGUACAAGUUCGUACUGCAUGUACGGCGUUUGCCAGGAUCACUACAUCCUAAACAUAAAUAAAAUUGUUCCCGUAUCAACUGAAAUCACGAGCUUUGUAUCAGCUGCUCAUCUGCAAAAAUUGGAAUGCAUAUGCAAAGAAGGAUACGGCGGAGAUCGUUGUGAUACCAUAGUUAAUGAAUGCGCCCGCGAGCCCUGCCCUACGUAUAAAAUUUGUAUUCCUGAUGCAUCUGUGCAAGGUUACUCGUGCCAGUGUCCUGAAGGAUACGCGGGUACUACGUGCGAUGUCGACAUCUCAAAAUGUCAUGACGAAUCCUGCUACAUUGCACGCAAUCCCAUCAGCUUCAGCGGGAAGAGCUACUCCCAGUACAGAAUCAUUAAUAAGAAAUCUAUUGAAGAUCAGCUCAGCCUGAGCCUGCGAAUCCGAACAAUGCAGCCCACUGGGAAUCUCAUGUAUGCUGCCGGAAAAGUGGAUUACAACAUCCUGGAAAUUGUGAACGGAGCUGUGCAGUAUAGGUUUGAGUUGGGCAGCGGCGAGGGUGUAGUGCGAAUCUCGAGCAUUUAUAUUUCGGACGGACGGUGGCACGAAAUUCGCUUGGAACGCGACAGGAACAGCGCGAGGAUCACCAUAGACAACAUUCACACGGCGCAAGGAUCGGCGCCGGGAAUUAGCGACAUUCUGAAUCUUCAAAGCGACGAAAUGUAUUUGGGAGCGGAAGUCCACCAGCAUCCAUCAAUAUUGGGCUUUGAAGAUAUCCAACGCGGUUUCUCCGGCUGCAUGGAUGAUGUAAGGAUCUCGAGAGUAUCGGUGCCGUUGCACAAGAGUGGAGACAGCUCAGUUGCGGUGUUGAAGCGGUUCGCCAAUGUGGAGUUCAGCUGCGACGCCUCGACCGUUCUGACGCCUCUAGGAGCUUGCGGCUCUCAGCCUUGCAUGAAUGGAGGAACAUGUAAAGAAAUCAUUGGAGGAUUUGAGUGUCAGUGCCAUGAAAGGUACAAAGGUACAUUAUGCGAGUUAGAUACGGAUCCUUGCGCUUCCGCGCCAUGCCUUUACGGUGGCAAAUGCACCGCGACUAUAGGAGGCGACUAUACUUGCGAUUGCAUCUUCAGAAUGACUGGUAAACGUUGUGAAUAUGGCCGUUAUUGCGCACCAAAUCCUUGCAAAAACGGUGGCGUGUGCGAGGAAGGUGACGAGGGUCCACUGUGCAAAUGCAGGGCUUUUACGGGUGAAUUCUGCGAGUUCGAUUUGGACGAGUGCCUUUCAUCGCCCUGUUUGAAUGGUGGCAAAUGUGUCAACAAUAUUGGUUCAUUCCACUGUAUCUGCCCGCAAAACACUUCCGGCUCUUAUUGUGGAAAUCCUUUAUACUCUACUAAAAUCAUCUCGAACACCUUCAACAUCACACUAGAAGAGCUCAUUGGAAUUAUCGCCGUCGUCGUCUCUAUACUUAUAAUAGUAUUCUGCUUUAUCCUGUGUUUGAGGUGUAGAAACAGGAGGUCGAGGAGAAGCGCAAAUAUGAUCAACAAUGAAACGAGAAAGGAAAACCAAAUCGUAUUAAACUCGAAUAGAAAUCAUGAACUGAUAGAACUUAAGAGAGGUUCCAAGUUAAGUAACUUGGAGGUGAAUCAGCGGGAAAUUCCGCCGGCAAGGCCGUUAUCAUACGGCAGCGCCAAUGAACAGCAUAAUAAUAUGGUGUUGAAUAACUUGGACACCCUAAGGAGCUAUGGUUCUGCCGGUGACGAGCUUGAAAACAUGCCUCCAGCCUAUGGCAAGAACCUGAACAGGAGCUCGCAACAAAGUGGAUUGGGGAACCACUGCGAUUCGGAAAAGACAACGUGGGCAGACCAGAUGCAUUUAGCUUCUACGUUAAAUGAAAAAGCAAAAAUCAAAAACGAUUUUAAGACGAGCCCGGUGAAUUGCGACCCCCCUAACAGACUUUACGGAGGCCGCAGUAACACCAUUGCAACCCACAAACACAUAAACGGACCCACGAACAUUCCAGAAGAUGACCAAAGAAGCGUUGGAAAUUUCGCAGGCUACCAUUGGGACUGCUCGGACUGGGCCAGACACAGCCAGACCCUGCCCAACAUCACUGAGGUGCCAGGAAGCGAAAUUCCCGACUCUUCCAGCUUCCACAGCAACGAGAGCAACGAAUCCAGGAGUCAUCACCUGGCUCUCAACCACAUGGACACGCGAAGAGACAUAGGAACCCUAAACGAGGACAUUGAGUCGGAAUUCAUGGCAGAUAGCGAGUGCGAGAACGCAGCCAGUCCAAACCUAAAUGCUUUAGAUAGCGGAAAUGAAGAAUUUAGAUUUACCACAGCGGAGAAUUAUUUGCGACACCCGAACACCUAUCUUCCGACUCAUGGUUUUAACAUACCUAGUGAAGCGGAAGGCGAUAGUCUACAUAGUCCAGGCGCGGAUUCAGAUGAUGUCGAACCCUACGGAUUCCCCAGCAACCGCAACCGACUCAAGAAUUGCGACGACGACCUCGAAUCAAUCAUUACUACUUUAGAAGAGCGCCAUUCUCUAUUGGGAGGUUACGGAAGCAACAGCGACAUGUCGACGAAUCUUUGCGAAAUCGAGGAUUCUGAAUGUGAGAAUGAACAUAAGCCCUUGAACUAUUUAGGCGGCGUUCAGCAGACUUCCGUUUGACAUCUGAAUUUAUGAUAUAACCAUGAGUCUACUCGUUUCCUGGGCCAUCGCGUGGCGAUGGGCGUCGUUUCUUGUUUACAUUUUAUUUUUCUCCAAACCGGAAAUGGAAACAUCAAACUCACCGCCGUCGUUCAUUAUUAUUAUUUGUUUAGGAAUUGAAAAUAAUAACUUCUAUAAUAACGUUAAAAUAACUACAUUCAUUUUAUCAUAGUCUUUGCAUAUCAAACGGAAUGAUAUGGAUAUUGUUAGAGAAAA